GGGUCAGGGACGGACUGACGGGGAACGUUCACCAGGAGGAGGGAAAGAGAAAACACAUAUAAAAUACUCAUAUAAAAUCUAUUAGAUUGUCAAAAUAACACAACAUCUGGACAGAUGAUGACUUAAAACGGGGGGGAUACAAAUCACCAACAAUGGCCAAUACAGGUGUGUGCUGUGCCAGCCUGGAGAAGCCCAAGGCCCUGAUGAAGAUGGGCCUGAGUAUGGUGCUUGUAGGACACGUCAACUUCCUGCUGGGGGCGCUAGUCCACGGGGCUGUGCUGCGACACAUCAACCUGAACACACGAGCCCACACCAUGGCGUACUCCAUAUCUAACGUAGUGGCACUCACAACAGGACUAGUGGGUGUUGUUGUAGGAAUCCUGGCCAUCAUCCUGUCUAAUAACAAGAAGAGCAGAGUGCUGACAUGGUCGUUGUUCGUGGUCAGCCUGUUUGGUAGUCUCCUGGCCACGGCGUCUGCGAUUGGCCUCACCGUUUCUGUGGUGAGGGCCACAGUUAACGGUGGGCCGAGCCUCCUGACUCACUGCCGGUUCCCCAACGCUAUUGGCUACGCCAGCAUCACUAACGAGUGCCCUUUCGACCCCACACACGUUUAUAGCAUGACACUGAUCCUGUGGGUUCCUCUGAUCGUGACCUGUAUUGUCCAGCUGGUUUUCUCAGCGCGGUGUUUCUCUGUGUGUGUAUCUUUCCUGGGUCUACCCUGCCUCCCUCACAAGAUCAGGCUCAGGGACCACGGUAGAAUGAUGAACACAGUAGUACCCGCAGAGCCGCCCUCUCUCACUAGCUCAGUACCUCCCCUUCAUCUACACCUUCAUCACUCGGACCCGUCUCAUCUCAAGUCCCAGCGGCAGCCUCUUCCUCCUCCUCCUCUUCAUCACUCGGACCCGUCUCAUCUCAAGUCCCAGCGGCAGCCUCUUCCUCCUCCUCCUCUUCAUCACUCGGACCCAUCUCAUCUCAAGUCCCAGCGGCAGCCUCUUCCUCCUCCUCCUCCUCUUCUUCAGUCGGUCCCGUCUCAUCUCAAGUCCCAGCGGCAGCCUCUUCCUCCUCCUCCUCCUCGUCUUCAUCACUCGGACCUGUCUCAUCUCAAAUCCCAGCGGCAGCCUCUUCCUCCUCCUCCUCCUCCUCUUCUUCAGUCGGUCCCGUCUCAUCUCAUGUCCCAGCGGCAGUCUCUUCCUCCUCCUCCUCCUCGUCUUCAUCACUCGAACCCGUCUCAUCUCAAGUCCCAGCGGCAGCCUCUUCCUCCUCCUCCUCCUCCUCUUCAUCACUCGGACCCGUCUCAUCUCAAGUCCCAGCGGCAGCUUCUUCCUCUUCCUCCUGCUCUUCUUCAGUCGGUCCCGUCUCAUCUCAAGUCCCAGCGGCAGCCUCUUCCUCCUCCUCUUCAUCACUUGGACCCGUCUCAUCUCAAGUCCCAGCGGCAGCCUCUUCGUCCUCAGCAUCAGAAUCAGAGAGGAAGGUCAGACAGGUGGUCUGACGGGGGGCAGCUGGUACCCCCAGAGGAACAUGAGCUGCUGGAACAAGGUUCCCAGCAGAGAUCCAGCUUCUGGAUAUAAUGAUGAUGACGAUGGACACCCAGAUACGGCUCCAUACCCCGUCUCUAUAAUCCCUAACCCAGAUACGGCUCCAUACCCUGUCUAUAUAAUCCCUAACCCAGAUACCGCUCCAUACCCCGUCUAUAUAAUCCCUAACCCAGAUACCGCUCCAUACCACGUCUAUAUAAUCCCUAACCCAGAUACGGCUCCAUACCCCGUCUAUAUAAUCCCUAACCCAGAUACGGCUCCAUACCCUGUCUAUAUAAUCCCUAACCCAGAUAAGUAUCCAUACCCCGUCUAUAUAAUCCCUAACCCAGAUACGGCUCCAUACCCCAUCUAUAUAAUCCCUAACCCAGAUACGGCUCCAUACCCGGUCUAUAUAAUCCCUAACCCAGAUACAGCUCCAUACCCCGUCUAUAUAAUCCCUAACCCAGAUACGGCUCCAUACCCCGUCUAUAUAAUCCCUAACCCAGAUACGGCUCCAUACCCCGUCUAUAUAAUCCCUAACCCAGAUACGGCUCCAUACCCCGUCUAUAUAAUCCCUAACCCAGAUACGGCUCCAUACCCCAUCUAUAUAAUCCCUAACCCAGAUACGGCUCCAUACCCCGUCUAUAUAAUCCCUAACCCAGAUACAGCUCCAUACCCCAUCUAUAUAAUCCCUAACCCAGAUACGGCUCCAUACCCCGUCUAUAUAAUCCCUAACCCAGAUACCGCUCCAUACCCCGUCUAUAUAAUCCCUAACCCAGAUACCAGAAUUUUGACUUCGAUACCAGGUUGAGUAUCACAAUACUCGAUUGAAAAAACGAUACCACAACAAAACAAAGAAGGCAUAUUAGUCAAAGUUACAGAAUGACACUUGAGCGAGACAAAUAAACUCAGCAACUGCUCUGUUCA